UACUGGCAUAUUGGGUGUCUAGCUCUCCUGAUUACAUAACAGCCAUCUUAACAGUCUCACUUCCAACUCUGCUGAAAUGGAAUCGCGUAGUGCAGUUUUGGUAUUCACGACAGUGGUGCUAUUAUCGUCACAACUCAUUCCAACAACGAUCGCUGCACCGCUUGCCGAGGAGGACGGGCGUUGGGUGAACCCUUGUGGAGGGAGUCGGCCCAUCUCCGGAUCAGCUGUGAAUCUUCCCACACCCCCACCCAAGCCCAUCAGCACCGAACUAGCUACACUGAAACUCAUGGCACAGACCGCUGUCAGUCUCUGUGACGAGACAACAUACACAAUACGAUCUAGAAUAGGCACCUCCAUGGCUGUUGCUGCAGCCAGUAUCCCCCUGGAUGGAUUCCCCGAUACGGGCGCUUCAUACACAAACGGAACAACGAUUGAAGAAAUGCUCUUGAAGGAAGUUGACCGGUUGUCGAAGAUUGGAGUUUUCCUGGAACAAGCCGCACAUGAUACGUAUGACUAUGCUGACAAAAUCAGACAAGUUGAAAACAAGAAUGUGGAAAUGUUGUGUAAGUUGCACAUUAUGUUGAAGGGACUUCACCAGGAAGUUGCGACAAAUGUGUCACGUGAUAUCAUGCCAAGCGAAUACAGGACCCUUGAUGAGAUAUCCCAGAUCGACGUGAGGAACUACAUUCUGGUCCGCGGUACCCAGGCCAUUGUUGUCCUCAUGUCGGAAGGGAUCGAUGUGUACUUGCAGGGGAACAGCUCCUAAACGUUUCUGUUAUGACGCAGGCACGUACAAGGAUAUUUGCUUUAUUUUACGACUUCACUAGUAACAUGACAUUCAUAUCAUGCAUGUAUUCAUGUCCAAGUUAACCUGUUUAAUGGGAGACUGACAUUCUAUGCGGUAACACACUGUGCAUUUUCCAUGUUGUUUUGAAAAAAACAUUAAAGUAUAUACUUUUAUGCAGGAGUUUUAUUACAAGAACAGUGUCUUUUAGACUUUUUCUCCAUAAGACCUAAUGUUCACAUUGUUUGUAUACCCAGAGGAAGAUCUGUUAUGUUGUAUAUAAUCCAGGUAAUAUGUCCACAGAUUGUAAUGUUAACACACGUCCGUCGGGUAAUGUUGUGUGAGUAUAUGUGGGAAGGAUGUUCUGAUUGGCUGACUGCUAAGGGUGUUAUAUAUGUUAUUAACAUUGUUUGUUACCAUUAUGGCUCUUUUAUUUUAUAUAUAUAUAUUUAUAUAUGUCUUAUUUGACAAA